AUGACGAGGGCACAACAGACCAUCUCUCUGGCACUGCUGGCCUCUUCUCUCUACCUCGCCUGCUUCCUCCACGUAGUACCCUUCACCAAAACCGUACAAGACGAGGUCAUACCAGUCUUCCCUCUCUGGGCCCUUGUAUCUUUCGGUUCCUACCUCCUCUUCAAGCUGGGAUGGGGCGUCUUCACGUUCAAUGAUGUACCAGAAGCACACAAGGAGUUGAUGGGGGAGAUUGACAUGGCAAGGCAAGAGCUGAAAAGGAACGGGAUCGAUGUGGAUUGA